AUGGUUUCCUCGUCAGAGCCUACUACUCAACGUGAGCCCGUCGCCAUCGUCGGGAUGGGCUGCAGGUGGCCAGGCAAUGUCCGGAGUGCGCCUGACCUGUGGGAACUCCUGAAGAACAAGAGGGAUGGCUAUCAAGAAUUUGACGAGCCUCGCUUUUCAUCCAAGGGUUUCUACCACCCGAAUUCGGACCACCGCGGCGCCAUGGCUACGCGAGGAGGCUUUUUAGUCAAUGAAGACCCGCGUCUUUUCGACCACGCGUUCUUUGGUAUGACCGCCCUGGAAGUUGAAACGAUGGACCCCUCACAGCGCAAGCUCCUCGAGGUGACAUACGAAGCCUUCGAAAACAGCGGAGAGACAUGGGAAAGCGUUUCUGGGUCACGGACCGGUGUCUUUGUUGGCAAUUUCUCUCUUGACCACUUGAUCAUGCAAACCCGUGAUUGGGAUUAUCCGAGAUCAUAUGCUACUACGGGGGCCGGCACUUGCAUCAUGGCUAACCGCAUCAGCUACAUGUUCAACCUCCAGGGACCAAGCCUGGCCAUUGACACUGCGUGCUCAUCCUCGAUGUACGCCAUCCACUUGGCCGUGAACGCCAUACGUAAUGGCGAUUGCGAUUCUGCAAUUGUAGCAGGAUCUAACUGGAUCGUGGAUCCCAGCCUCCAGAUUGCACUCGAUAAACUGGGCGCUCUGUCUCCUACAUCAAGAUGCCACACGUUCGAUGCAUCAGCAGAUGGGUACGCCCGAGGCGAAGGAUUCGCUGCCUUGUAUUUGAAACGCUGCGCGUUGGCUGUAGCCGACGGGUCGCCAAUACGUUCUUUGAUCAGGGGUGUUGCAGUCAACGCCAACGGCCGUACGGGGGGGAUUACGCGUCCCAGCGCGGCGGGACAAGAAGCCGUUAUUCGCAAGGCCUACAGUGAUGCCGACCUACCCUUCGAAGAUACCACAUAUUUCGAAUGCCACGGUACAGGGACUCCUGUCGGCGAUCCGAUCGAAGUGCGCGCAGUGGGCAACGUGUUCGCCUCUACAAGAUCCGGCUCGCUUGACGAUCGCCUCUUCAUAGGAUCUAUCAAGCCCAACCUCGGCCAUACAGAAGGGGCGAGCGCCAUUGCAGCGAUCAUGAAAGUCGUUCUCUCCCUCGAGUCCGGGGCCAUUCCGCCGAACGUAGGGGUUGAAACCCUGAACCCAUACAUCGACUUCGAGAAAGCCAAGGUCGAAGUGGUCAGAGAUUUUAUGCUUUGGCCGAAAGACAGACUGCGGCGGGCGUCGAUCAACUCGUUCGGCUUUGGAGGAGCGAAUGGCCACUGCAUCAUUGACCACGUGAACAAUGUGCUACCGCACUACAAAAAACCCGGUAUUAUAAAGCCCCCGAGUCCGUUGAUCUCGAACGGGCACACGACGAAUGAGGCCACAACUGGGCACGGCUCUGGUAACCCAGCAUCAGCACAGGUACCAGUACAUGCUCCCGUCGUUGACAAGCCAAGGAUGACCAAGGGUUUCAAAGUAGCCACUCGAUCGCUGGUACUGCUACCGUUUUCGGCGCACAAUGAGGCCUCGCUCAAUCUCAACAUCGACGCCUUGUUCAAUGUCAUCGGCCGCAAGUCUCUGGCAGACAUUGCGUACACGUUGGGUGUCAAGCGUUCCAGGCUGUCUCAGCGGACCUUCCGCAUCGUUGACAAGGACAGCAAAUCCAUUCAGCGACCCGGUCUCACCGAGAGGGUCUUUGCUGCCACGACACAGUCCAGCAAUGUUGGCUUCGUUUUCACCGGACAGGGCGCACAAUUUCAUGGAAUGGGCUCGGAACUAUUCGAAUAUGCCGUUUUCCGAGGCGUCAUUGAGUAUUUGGACUACGUGCUGCAAGCGCUACCAACGCCUCCGCCUUGGAAUAUCGCGGAUGUUCUCCGAGGAAACUGUGAUGAAGAAUUCGUCCAGACCCCUGAAGUUUCUCAACCGGUAUGCACUGCCAUAUAG